AUGGGAGAACCUGCCACAACUGCAAAAGUAAUAUUACACACUGAUAAAGGACCCUUGAAUAUUGAACUUUGGGCGAAAGAGUGCCCUGUUAACACAAAACACUUUCUCAAAAAUUGUUUGAAUGGCAAUUACAUUAGCAAUAAUAGUUGCUUCAAUAAAAUAUCGAAAAAUAAUCUAAUAUCAUUUAAUACUGGCAAAACAAGCCAAGAAAACUUGUUGAAAAAGGAGACCAACCAGCGAAUACGGUUCACUAGAAGAGGGUUGGUUGGUUUUGGUAAUGCUCUUGAUAAAUCUCACACUAAUGAGGAGGAGUUUUUCAUCACUUUACGGCUGUUCCCUGAGUUCAACAAUAACUACACAAUUUUUGGUACUAUAGCGGAUAGUUCAAUUUAUAAUGCCAUAAGAAUAUCAGAUAGUGAAUUGGAAGAAGGAAGAGAGUAUCAGCCAAUAUAUCCUACAAAAAUUUUGAAAACCGAAGUGAUCGUGCCGUAUUUUGAAGAUCUUGAUAAGAUUAUUAUUGCUAAUGAGGAUUUAGGAGAACCCGCAAAGAAGAAACCAAAGAAGAACGAUUCCAAGAAGAAGAAAAAGAAGGCAGUAAAGUUAAGCUAUGAAGAUGAUCAUGAUGAUGUUGAUGAACCGGAUUUCAAACCCGUGAAAAUUAGGUCAGCUCACGUUGCUCUCAAAGAUCACAGUUUGUCAAAGAAGAAGGUUAGCAGCAAAAAUUCGGAAGAGGAACAAUUGGAAAAUGAAGACCAGAGUUUCAAUGAACACACUGAAUUGAACGUUCAGAGCAGCAUUAACACUGAAGGCAAGAAUGACUCCGAUAAACAGGAGUUGGAAGCAGAGAUUGAAAAAUUGAAAAAAUCAUUAUCGAACAAUAAGUCAGUGAAGGAGGAGAACAAGGAAAGUGAUGUCACUUCUUUUAUACAGAAUCAAAAAGAUGAAUAUCGUAAAAAUCAAAAAUUCAGCACUAACAGACAAUUGAGGGAGAUUCAAACUUUCAAUAUAUUUGAAAAAUUCGAGAAGAAGAUCUCGAACUCCAAGAUCGGAGAACAGGAGAAUCUAAUAAAAAACAGGCUGCCUAACUUCGAUGAAGAAGACGAGGCACAGGAUAGUGAUGAAGAAGAUGAUUAUUUGGAUUUUAUGGAUCAUCAAUUGGACUUCAAAGAGGAAGAUUCCCAUCAUGAUGAUGAUUUGAAAACUGUAAAUUUAUAG